AUGGACUGCAAGGCUCCUGGACUGUUGGAACUCGGGAGUGGCACGGAGGUGACCCACUGCAGCAUCUCCGCCCUGGAUGACAUUCCGAUUCAGGAAGAGAACUCUGGCUCGGACUUGGAACUGACGAAGGCCUUCGAGAAGCUGGAGAAGAUGAAGCAGCGGGCGUUGUAUUUGAGGGGUCUUUUAAUUCGCCCUUUGCAGACGAAUGAAACCGAAUGCCCUCCAGACUCUGACCAGUUUCAGGAGGAGAUCGAGCAGAGCGGAUCGGAUAAUGUCGAGCUGAGGGAAGUACAACAGGAAACCGCUCGAGCUUACCAGCAGAUCAACGAAGUGGGUCGCCGACUCAAGGAGUCCAAGGACACACUGACCAGACUGGACGAAAAGGUGCAGCGGAACAUUCGAAGCACCAGGAAGUUGGCCAAAAGGCUGCUCGAGGUGCCCAAAUGGCAGGAGGAGCUGAAACACCACACGGGAUUGUGUUUGGAGCGGUACAGCGACCUGGACAUUUCCCGGGGCAACUACCUCGAGUACAGCGAUAACUACGUGCGACGCACCCAAACCAACAUGAAGUUCUGCUUUGCCUCAAAAGUCCCCAUUAUUUGCUACAAGAAAGACUACACCGAAUUGCAGAGCGCCUUGAGUAGGACCCGCAAGUUGCUUCUGCAAUGCAACGACCAUCUGAUAAAGUACACCCAGAAAUUGGAGGAGGCACUAACCUCGGAAAAGGACGGACACCAGCUUCUGCCAUCGCUCUCUGAGCUUUCGCUGCUGCUGGAGCAGAACAGCCAGGUGAGCAGGCCCCGGAGAUCGAGUACCAAGGUGCGACGAUCCUUCAAGUUCGCCUGGGCGGCUCCUCUGCCGAAGCAGGAGAAGCACUGGCUGUCCAUCAAGGACGCCGACAGAGAUAGUUAAAAUAGAGCAGGCGACCGCAGGAAUGCCAAUUUGCCAAUGUUUGUAAUUUAAAGUGCAAUCCAGUUCCGCCUUUUUUGGGGGCAAUAAUGCGCAUAAUGAAUAGGCCACACGGACUGGCCGAAUAAAACACACAAUGACCGGGCUAAUUGUGCAAAAAUGUUUUGGCAAAUAUUUUGUUAACAGAUUUUGCGGCCAUUUAAGCCGCAGAAAUGCAAUUAUCCGUGAACGUAAUUAACCAAACAAAAUGUGAAUGUGAAUGUGAAAGCCAGUGCAGUGGCCACUCGAACCGGAAUUAAAAAAAUAUGCAAAAACCACCUA